AUUCAAGUAUAUUAGCACCACUAUCAGAAACAUAAUUACAUACCUAGUUACUUGAAUGGUGGUCACUGAUUAGUGUUUGUGUCUGUGUGUGAAGUAUUCUCUUCCAUACAUUGUAUGAGUUUUACUUGGAAACAAAAGAAUAUUUUCAAAGAACAAUGAAUUCCUCCAUUCUUAUCACACUUGUUGCAUCAAUCACGGGGAUGUUGGUUAUCCUUGUCAUCACAUUAGUGUUGACUUUAAGUGAAGAAAAAGGGCCACCUACAAACUACAGGCAGUUCAUCAUCAACAACAUCAAUGCAGAUAACAUCUAUUUCAUAUCAGGGUUUUUGUCCAGCAACCCACAUCCUGCUGGCUCAACUAUAGAUGAAGUGCUGUGCGAGUUCAUCUCCAGAAUGUGGAGCUCUCAAGGCCUCAGAGUUAAACGGCUUCACUAUGAUGCAUUCCUGGCCACAGCAAACUCUGAGAGACCAAACAAGGUGGCAGUCUUUAAUGCCACAAAUGGCACAAUCUUUGAAUCAUCACCUACCCAGCCACUCAUCUCCUUCAAUCCUCCUCCAAUCAACCAACUGAGCAUUUACUCCUUCAGCAGCUUCUCUGGACUGGGCACGGCACAGAGCUCAUCUGUUGUUUAUGCCAAUUAUGGAAGGGACGAGGAUUUCCGUUACCUUGAUGAAUGUAACAUUACAGUUAAUAACUCCAUCGUCUUCAUACGCCAUGGUGAAAUUUUUAGAGGAGACAAGGUAAGGUUUGCAGAGACCCGUGGUGCAGCGGCUGUCAUCCUUUACACUGACCCUCAUGAUGCUGCACCACUGGGCCCCUCAAACACCUACCCCAACACAGUGUAUGCCCCUCCUGGAGCCACACAGCUGGGCUCUCUCAAACUGCAGGGAGACCUCCUCACACCAGGCUACCCUGCUGUAGAAUCGGCCUUUCAUCUAUUGGACUCUGAGGCAGACACAUUCUCCAUCCCAGUCCAGCCGAUGAGUUAUAGCGAUGCUUGGCACUUUCUCAGUCUUGUGAAGGGAGAGGAAGCACCAGCCAGCUGGCAAGGAGGCCUGAACUUUACCUAUCAUUUGGGGCCGGAGCUGGCUGAAGGAAAACAGGUGGCUGUGAUGGUGAUGGAUCUGCUUGGCCAGAAGACUGUGUACGACGUAGUGGGCUUCAUUGAGGGUCAGGAAGAGCCAGAUCGUUAUGUUAUUGUGGGGAACCACUAUGACUCCUGGACCUAUGGAGGUAUUGAUCCAUCCUCGGCCACAGCUGUUCUCCUUGAGUUGGUGCGAGUCUUUAGUGAAAUGCAUGCUGCUGGCUGGAGGCCCAGAAGGACACUGCUAUUCUGCAAUUGGGGAGCGAAAGAAAACGGUCUCAUUGGCUCUACUGAAUUUGCUGAAGAAUUUUCAUCUGUUCUUCAAGACCGUGGAGUGGUGUACCUCAACCUGGAUUUAGUUAUGACUGGCAACCACUCCUUCAUGGCCAUUGGAGUUCCAAUGCUUCAUGAUAUCAUCUUUGAGGUGGCCAAGAUUGUGCCAAACCCUGACCCAUCUGAAGUGAAGGAGGGCAGGACAAGCAUCUAUGAUACUUGGUUGCACCGUUACCCUGAUGGUCCAUAUCCACGCAUCUCGGGAGGAAAGGAUGUCAGGCCCAUUGUUGGGACGAUAGGUACUGGAAGUGACUAUCGAGCCUUCAUGUUCAACUUGGGGAUCCCCAGCAUGGACAUGUUCUUCACAGCAGCCCCAGACGAGGCUCAGCUGCCACUACAACACACUGCCUAUGAGACUUUCUUCCUGGCCUCUAAGCUGAUGGACAAAGGUCUUCUCUACCACCAGGGCUGUGCUAGGAUGCUUGGACUUCUUGCAUAUGAGUUCUCCAUGCAGCCUCUCCUCCCCUACAAUGUGUCUGCCUACACUGACUUCAUCAAUGCUUCUUGGGUGGAUUUCAUUUCUUCAAAUGGAUCUCAGCUUGCCGACUUUGAUGUUGAAACAGAAUCACUGGAAGCAGCUGUUGUGCAGCUGGUGGCUGCUGGCAAGGCCUUUCAAGGGAAUCUCACCUCCAUUUCUAGCAGCACUGAUGCAUUAACAUUAAGGCGGUACAACGAUGCCAUGCUGCUGCUGGACAAGGCUUUCCUGGCCCCAUUAGGACUGCCUGGACGGCCUCUGCUAAACCAUGUUGUCCUGGCACCAAGUUCACUUAAUGGCUAUGUGUGGGACACCUUCCCGGGCCUCCAAGAUCUCUUGAGGGCCGCCCAGGAUGAUCAAGCCACCGUCAACAGCACCAACAUUGAACGUCUCCUGCAGCAGCACGUGGCUGCGCUCACCCACCACCUCAAUUUGGCUUCCCGAGCACUGACCUUCUCCCUGUGGUGAUUUGCAUGAAUUGAAAAUGUGAUCUAAGGAGACUGUAUGGAGCAUCUGUUCAGUAAGUUUUAUUGGAAUACUUUUUUGCUUUUGUGUUAGAAAAUUUAAAGUAAUAAAAUGAUGGUGCAUAUUUAAUUUAGAUUCCUGCAAUAAUUCCUAAUCAUUGUACUUCAGGAUUUUUUGUGUGUAAUGAACAGACUGUAAACCAAUUUUUUGGUUGCUUAAUUUUAAUAGAGACAUCAGUUUUACAGACUUAUUUCCACCUGGAGGCCUGGUGCCAGCAAAUCAUUCUGCCUUGUAAGACUAUUCUCCUGCAUCACCAAACUCUUUGAGCACCUUGUGCUGGGAAAGUUUUCUUGUUAGUAAUAACUCAAACAUCAACUUCCUUCGAAAAUGUCUGGCUUCUAAACACAUUCAAGUAUACUUGAGCUUUUUUACAAUUAGAGCAUCACCUUCAGGAGGGCUUUCAUAAUGUUCACUUAAAAAUAUUAGCCUUCAUGGACAAAGGGGGAGCUGCCUCACAUAAUGACUUCCUUUCCAGACUUCAAAGCUUAGGACCCUUUGGCACACCUUAAGACUGGGUCCACUCCUUCCUCUCAUCUAGAGCAUACUCUGUAGUCAUCAGGAACACUUCUCAAGACUCACUCCUGAGUUUUCUUUUUAACAUCCUCCUUUUAGGCUUUCCUUCCCGAAAGACCUGAAAAUUAACAAAGAUAAAAGUAACGUUUCCAUUUUUAAUGACAGUGCAAAUUGAUGAAAUCAGAAAUUUUAAAGUGACUCAGGAACUUAAAUGCUUUGGAGUAAUUGUAAUUAGAGAAAAUAUGUAAAAUUCACAAAGGAAAGUUUAUGUCGAAAGCAAGAAAACUAGUCAAUCUGACAUAUCCAGUAAUAGCAAAAAGUUGGAACAAAAUUCUAACUGGGAAAUCAUAUUGAAAAAACAUAGUUUUACCAACUGUCCUGUGCGCAUCAAGUAUUCUAGGGUAUACCAAGCAAGAAAUAGAAAAACUGCAGCAGAUUGAAGACUCAGUGUAUAGAACAAUACUGGGAGCUCCACAAUAUGCACAGGUUUUACCUUUAAGAGGGGAGAUAGGGCCAUCACAAUGGAAGGCAUAGGAAAAUGAAAGUAACAAGCUGCUGAGAAGAAUUAUAGAGGAAAUGUCAAGUAAGGGAGAAGAUUACUGUAUUCAAUACAGUGUCUAUGAGGGCUAAUGAAUUAGGAGUAUUCAGACCUGAUAACAGUUAGUAAAUAAAGUUUUAGAAGGCAGAUCAGGGAGUGAAACAAAAUAAAUCGGCAAAGGGAGUACUAUAAAAAAAAAAUAGCAGAAAAGUCUAGUUUGUCAAUCUACAAAAUUUGGAAAAAAGAAAUAUCAGGAGAGGAAUUGUACGUUUGCAGGUCAUUAGAUAUUUUCUUCAGAGCAAGAACCAAUAAUCUGAGGUCAAACAAAAGGAAAAUGUGUGUGUGUGUGUGUGUGUGUGUGUGACAAGUGUUUUUUUUUUUUUUAUAUGUAUUCAAUCUGGACAAAAAAUAGAUACAUAAUUACUUUUCUUUUGCAUUUGUAAUAUGUAUUUUUGUUAAUAAACUACUACUACUA